ACUGCAUCAAUUACAUGGCCUGUUUUAUACUUUCUUGUCAAAGAGAAGCCUCCAUAUGUUUCGAUAUGAAGCCAAUAUUAAAAACAAACAAAUAAACAAAAACAAGCUGCAGGACCCUUACAGCGUACAACUCUCAUUUGACAGGAUCUUCCACUGCCUUCAUAUAAAUGCAACAGAUCAACAUAGACAGAAGCAUAGCAACCAAACCUUUCACCAGCUAAAGAAUAUCCCCCCACAAGUUUACCAAGCAUAGAGAAAAAGAGAUAUAGAGUAGAGAACCCCUUACAGAAACAGCAAAGUAUUCAUGGCUAGGAAGAGAAAGGCUGGAGAAGCAGUGGAAGACAGAAGUUCUAGUGAGGAAACCAUGGGUUGGGAUCAGAUGGUGAAGGAAGCUGCAGCAUCAGCAGCUCUCGGCGGCCCCGUAAGAGCCCGAAAGCGAUUUGUUGGUGUCCGGCAACGGCCAUCCGGUCGAUGGGUGGCUGAGAUUAAGGACACCAUACAAAAGAUAAGAGUGUGGUUAGGCACUUUUGAUACAGCUGAGGAAGCAGCCAGAGCAUAUGAUGAGGCUGCUUGCUUGCUUCGUGGUGCCAACACUCGAACAAAUUUCUGGCCUUGUUCCUCAUCUUCAUCUUCAUCGCCAGCUCUUCCCUCAAAGAUCACUAACCUCCUUCUCCAAAGGCUCAAAGCAAGAAAUAACACUUGCACUGCUUCAUCCAAUUCUUCCUUGCCCAUUGGCCAGCAAGAAAAGCAACAAGCAGAACUAUACAGAGAAGCAGCAACAGAUUUCUCAGAUACCUCAUUCACAGAUUACCUUAACGAUUCUGAAGAUUACACCAACUACAACAACAUUGUACCGAGUACUAGUGCAAGUGCUAGUUAUGAUUACAUGAACACAAAUUUUGAAUCCUUUUUAACUGAAAAGGAAGACUCUGGGGGCAGAGAAAUCGACUUCGACUAUAACUGCAGUACUAGUGUAGCACAGACUUGUAGUGGUGAUGGUAAUUUUGGAGGGCAAGGAGAGGAAGAUGGAGAAGAAACAUGCACUGAUAUUGGAACUCAGGAUUUCCAAUUUUUGGAUGCUGUUGGAAACUGUUUCUAUUCACCCUUUGAGAUUGCUGAAGAGAUUGAGGAACCGGUGGAGCCAGAGAACUACACUGAUGAGCCAUCAAUGCUUAGAGCAGCCAUGAAGAGGAUGAAAUAUGAAAGAAAGUUCUCAGCUUCUCUCUAUGCCUUCAAUGGAAUACCUGAGUGCUUAAAGCGGCAGCUCAUAGCAGGAAAUAUGAAAGGAAGGGGAAUGUCUGACCAAUUAAGUAACCUACAGAAGGCAUGUAACAACAGCAAAGUGGAGAAGAAUGCAGAAGAAGAAUAUGUGGAAGUGAUGAGAAAGAGGGAGGAGGGAAACCUGCAAAGUUCAGUUCAAAUAGGGUCUUCUUCCUCUUCUUCGAGCAACGAUGGUGAAUUGUCACUUUGGAGCUCAUUGGACCUUCCACCCAUCUGCUCUGUUAACUAAUUGAUAUAGGUCCUUCAGUUCAUAAGAUUUCAUGUUCUAAUAAACAAGUGAAAGUCUACACUCACGUUUAUUUUAAGCAAUGAUGAUCUUUUGAUAUAUGUCUAGGAAACAAUGAAAUGUAAUGCUAACUUUUAGCCGAUAUGAUGAAGUAAUGUGUAAUUUCCUUUUCUUGUCA